AUUGAAUGGAGUGUCAAAUCAGGCUCUUUGAGAAAUAUUGACUCUGCUCGUGUAUCCAUCCCCAACACAUUGAAAUAUGAUGAAUCAAAAAAAUGUUACACGCAUAGAGCAAGACUGGAAGAAACUGAGCAGUAUUGGAGAGAAUGGUACGAAGGCCUUUCAGAAAAGUUUUUGUCAUCUCCUGUUCCAAAGAUAUUGCUGUUAGCUGGGACAGACAGACUUGACAGAGCCCUCACAAUAGGUCAAAUGCAAGGGAAGUUCCAAAUGGUGGUUGUUAGACACACAGGCCACGCUAUACAGGAAGAUGUACCUGAUGAAUUUGCUACUUUGCUACUCAAUUUCAUUUCCCAUAAUCGAAUAGGCCCACAAGGAAUUGAGAUACCUGGACUUCGUCGACCCCCUCAGUCAAAACCUUGAAUACUGGACUGCUGCGGAAUAAGAAUUUAAUAGUUCCUAUUUGUAACUUCGAGCCGUUUAGCCCUAAGAAAUUUUUCACUUUUUUCAGAAUCAGUGAUUAGCCAAGAAAAUUUCAAAUAUCACUUGAAGUUGAAUUUUAGAAUUUUUCGAAAAUUUGAAAAUCACUGCAUACUGUACAAAAUAAGGUAUUAAGGCAAGCAAUAAAUAUAAAGUGGCUGGAAAAUAUGACUAUGCAA